GCAGGGGAAAACUCAGCUGCAUCCAUCACUGCAUCCCUCUACACAGGCCGACUUCUUCCCUCUCCUGAACCUGGGAAUACAAUCGAAGGCGGACAUGGACGUGGGUAAAUCUUCCUCCGAGAAGUUGGUGCUGGAGUUUAAGGAGGACACCGAUCUGACGGAGAUGAUGCGUCGUCGCGUCUCAUCUCUGCAGAAAACCGGGCAGAAGCGUCAGGACGGCGAGCGGCUGCUGCUCCCCCACGAGGCCGUGCAUCGCCUCGACUUCCCCGUCCAGGAGCUCAACUUCUCCCGCUGGUACUUCUCCCUCUCGGGCCACGGCCGAGUCACCAUCACCGGCAUCUCCCAGCACUGGACCCCGGACCUCACCAACCUGAUGACCCGUCAGCUCCUGGAGCCGAUCGGGACGUUCUGGAGAAACGCCGAGGACCCGGAGGACUCGCCGCUCAAGUGUCUGGAGGCCGACAUGCAGGAGUUCGGGGAAAGGAUCGCGGAGCUGGCCAAAGUGAGGAAGGUCAUGUAUUUUCUGUUCGCGUACAAGGACGGGUCCACAGCAGCAAACCUCGACUGCACCAUCGAGUUCAUACCCGAGAAGUAACCUUCCGCGUUCAGAGAAUCUGUUUAGAUUUCAGCAUAAAUUCCCCCUCAGACCCACUAAACGUUGUUAAAUCUUUGCAUGUCUUUAGCCGCCGCUACAGAUUUAUUUUAAUUAUUUCCACACUUAAAGAAAGUAUUUUGCAUGAAUUAAUUUGAUGUAAAACUUUGCUCACGACAAACUCUACCUUGCUAAUUGCCGCCAUGUUGUUUUUAUCAUGCUAAAAGCUGAAAACAUGUAGCUGAAUGAAUAGGGCUCAUUCAGCUAUAAGUUACAUAGCUUAUUGGGUGUUUAUAUUUUUAAACAGAACCUUUUAAAGUGCAUUUUUCAUCCCACAUCGGGUUCCGUUUGGACCGUCUCUCAUCACAGUUUUGAGAUAUCGCUACCGCCAUCUUUUAUUCGGGCUCAAGGUCUGCGCUUAAGAAUGACCAGCGGCGCCCUCUGUGGGAUGGCGGUCGAACUACAACACUAAAAGAAGGCCAAAGCGGACGUUUAUAGUUAAAAACUAAUAAAAACAAAACAAAGUAAAUUUAGUCUCAAAGCAACUAGUCCUGUUGCAUGCUUUUACACCCAAUAAACAAUGAGCUUAAAAAAAAACGAUGCCUGACAAAAUCACUUCAUUUCUCACCUUCAGCCAAUUAUUGUGAUAUAUUCUGAAGUUAAUUUUUUUUCUUUAUGUUAUUCUGUGGAACAGCAGUGACUGAAAUCUCAAAUAACGAAAAUGCAUACACACUGACCUGACAGAAAACGGAGAUCAAUGGAGCAAAAUCAAUUUUUUGUUUUCACUGGGAGGGAACAGACACAAAUCCUGAUUUAUAAAAACUCGUUUUUUCCUUUAGUCUACAUUUCCUUACGCUGAACUGUAAACACACAAAACAUUACCAAGUAUUUUUGUUUAGUUUUUAUUUGAAAUAUCUUAGUCCACUUUAAAUAGGACAAAACUUGCAAGUAAUCGCUUGAGUUUGUUUUAAAUCAAUAAUUCUUAAAUAUUGAUUUAAAACAGUAUUUGCUUCAGACAUCACUUAUAACAUGGGGAAAAUGUCUUGGAAACAAAAACAGUGAAACUAGUUAUCUUAAUCAAUAAAGUAAUUAUUUACUUAAAGCAAGCUUUUCUGAAACAUUAUUUGAAGUUAUUUUUUUCCUAUUGUAGAUUAAAUAAAUAUUUACACUAGAUAAAAAUGCUUGGUAAGAUUAAAGCAACAGAGCAAGGAGAGCAGAAUAAAGAAAAUAUUUACAGGUGCAAUAAAAAGGUGUGAAGAUAAUCAAUGUAUUUAUUUUGUAAAAUAAAAUCCUCCAGCUGAGUUAUCCUGAUGCAGAAAAGGACUUGUAUCUAUUUCAUGAUGCAUUUAAAUUUGGAUCUAAAGAAUACAACUUUAAGAAAUGAAAACUUUUAUUUCUCAUAUUUAUAGCUUUUCCUCUGUAUCCUGCAGUUUGUUGUGCCAAUAAAGUGUUCACAAACCUUCAAA